GUAACAGUCGCCUUUUCAUAUUUGAACAGUUUCAUAAAAUAGUAUAAUAUUUGGGAGUAGAUGUUUUAGCCUUCAUUCCUUUUCAAUGAGAGCACAACAGAUUGACAGCCAAUCAACAACGUGGAUUAGACCGAAUCUAUGCAGACCACCAGUGCUUAUGGAUCAAAAUACUUCUCAAGUUGUCCCUUCACAUUUAACAAACUCAGGACAUUCGCAGCAAGUUAUGCUACAGCUCCAACAACAAAGAGGUUCUAAUCCUGUUUUCCAAAGCCCCCUAAACGUUAUACAAGCCGGACCAGUCAGAUCAGGCUUGCAAAACCCCAGCCUUAUUUCACCGAAUCCAGCCUCCUUGGGAUUUAGACGACUAUUAGCGGAGAUGCGUACCAAGCAGUUUGAUUCCAUCCGCUUUGCAGCUUAUCGUACUGCGAGCAAGCUUAGAUUUAUUCAGCAGAGAACAUUAUUUAACAUAAUGGAUUUAUGGCGUGUGGUAGAGACAUUCAGAGAAUUCGGUUUACACCAAUUGAAUGAUCCACAAGCAAGUUUAGAUUAUGGAAGUACAUUCCGUUUACUAUCACGUAUUUAUUCACAUAUACCUACAACAAAUAUGAAUGCGAAUACUACAAAUGAUGAAACUACAUCAAGUAAUGCAAUCAAUCGACCUGCAAUAAUUAUUGCAGCAGAAAUCCUACUUGGUUGGCUUGGAUAUGCUUUGGACUUAUGUGCAACUGGCCGACUUAGCGUAACUGGACUAAAAAUAACCUUAUCGACAUUAACUAAUGCGAGACCAGCUGAUAAAUUUCGAUAUCACUUCACUCUUUUGUCCGAUCCCUCUGGUGCAUUAAUUUUCUCGAAAUUCGAGGCUUAUCUACAGGAUUUACUCAAAUUACCUAUAAGUGUUUUCGAAGGCACAAAUUUCUACUACACGCCACAAGCUUCACAAACAAUGUUUACUGGGCGUUCUAAAAACGUAGUCCUUGAAGAAUUUUUGGAUCGUAUGCUAUCGGAUCAAGGACCACAAAUAUUAGUAUGGCUUACGAUUUUUCACCGGUUGAUCAGUGUGGCGAGUGUCCGACAUAACGUACGAUGUGAGGGCUGCAAACGUGAACCAAUUUGCGGUCUACGCUACAAAUGUACUCGAUGUCCUCACUAUAAUUUGUGUCAAGAUUGUUUUUGGAUUGGCGUAACCACAGAUCAGCAUACAAAUGCACAUGAUGUGAAAGAAUAUAGUGCUGCUUCAAAAUCUCAUUCCCGUCAGUUUGGACAUUCUUUGAGAAAAUCGUUUCAAUUUGGACGGGCUAUUACUAACUCCACAACAUCGAAUGUUGUUACUACAUCUUUCACAAGUAGCUUCAGUGAACGUCAGAAAUUUUCUGGCAUGAAUGUUGCUCGUCGUCCUCAUGUAGGAUCUAUAUUCGAAUGGAAUUCAGACCCUUCUGUACCAACCGGCAUUAUUUCUUGCGUAAACGGCAUUGCUUCAGCUGUACAACCAUCUUCUGUACCGAACGACAUUGCAACGGGUAUUUCUGCUGUAUGUCAUCCAGGCCAACCUGUUUCAAAUCAGAGAUUCAUGGCACCAGUGAAUACUAUUUGUAGUCCAUUACCGAAUCGGCGCUUGCAACAGCUCAAUCCUUUAUUUUUAGCAACUCGACCAAGCACCAACUUAUCUAAUUUCACAUAUGUACCUUCUCAACCUGUACAAGUUCAACCUUCCCCUAACAGUUUGAACGAAUCGAAUCAAGGAUCGAGUGGUGUUGCACGAAAUUUAGUGGCCGUCACCUGCUAUACAAAUGUAAUGCAGCAACAAGACAUGAUUACCGCAGACUAUACAAGAGCCGGACACAGUAUUUUAUAUUCUGAUGUACCUCCUGGUUCACACAUGCCCAAUCUGUCAGGAGCAAAUCAUCAACCAUUACCUAUAUCAUGUUAUUCUCAACCUACCACAGACAUUUAUUCAAUUGGUGGUAAUCAAAAAUGUCAAUUAGCUACUACAACAACUGGACAGCCAGCUAUACAAUCUACUCCCAUAGUAUCUGUGAUUAAUAGCGAUAAUUUAAAUAAUUCAAGCAUGGGAGCUAGUUUCUCGUUGAAAACGCACAAUCUUGAUCAAAAAUCUAAUGAAGAACAUAAUUUAAUUGCUAGAUAUGCUGCCCAGUUAGCUGCUGCUUCAGCGUUAAACCAAGAAUUCGAUAAAUUCGGUGAUUUUGUUGAGUCAACACAAACUCAAAAACAAUUAAUCGCUCAACUACAAGAAAAAAACAGAAAAAUACUAAAAGAGAUUGAACGCUUACGAGUUGAACAACAAAAACAAGCAGCAUUUAUUGCUGCUGCUGGUUCCCUCAAACAUGAUUCCUCUGAGUUACAAGAUGUUUGUGACGAAGGUGCUGGUACACUUAGUCCGACAAAUUUAAAACAGUACUUAAAAACAGAUAAUUUAUUGGCCUUCGGAGUUGGCAAUUCAGUGAAUUCAGAAAAUCCGCGUUUGGUUGCUGAUCUACAGGCGCUGCGCCAAAGAAAAGAUGAACUGGAGUCGAGAAUGAGUAAUCUGCAGCGUAGUCGAACAGAUUUGAUGUUGCAGUUAGAAGCAUUAGUAAGACUUUUAUCUGUCAGUACAGGAGCUACUAAUGCACGUGAUAAUAAUCCUUCAGCGUUACUUGAUCUAAAUGAUAUUCGACGAACAGGCCACAAUUCCCGACUAAAUCAAAAAGUUCCAGAUUAUCCACCAAGACGAAGUACAAGUUUAUGUGACCCAUCAGUUGGAAGAAGUUAUCAAGACAAUUUCUCUGCAGAAAGUAGGCAUGAUAGAACGAAUGGUGUUCAUCCAAAACCCGGUUCCUCGGAUAAUAUGGGUAAAAUAUUUUCCCCUUUAAAAACAAUUACGAUUGAAGAAAAAGGCGGACAAUGGAAUUUUAAAUUUCCUGAUGAUAAAAAGCAUGAAUUACACUCACCUUCAUCUAUUCCGUACAGACAUUCACCUGAACUUGGUCAACAACGACCAUCAGAUACUCUGAUUGAAAAGUACAAAGAUUUAUUAUAUAAAGGGACAAAUCCACAAAUUGGAGCAUCAAAAUCAUUAAGAGUUCAUUUCGGUGGGCGAAGACCCGAUAUAGGACAGAACUUAUCAGCUGAUGAUAAAACUGAAUUUUUUGGUCAUAAUUCAGUAAAUGUGAACAGAUUGUCAUCAAAUCAUUCAUCGCAACAUACAAAUCACUCGGACAGCGGAUCGGAUGCAUAUUUAUACUCAGAUCCUGAAUUAUGCUUUACAGUCAUCACAUCUACCUGUGGUUCAUCACAAUCUAGCACUUCAGUACCACAAAGAGCAUUACAGUUACCACAAUUCCAUUCUAUAACUCCAUCUGCUAAAACUUCAAAUAAAUCCAAAGAUUUUCUAGAUCUUUUAAACGAUAAAAUUAUAACGACAACCACAAUUGUAGAUAAUUAUGAAUACGCUGGUUUACAGUCAUCAUCAAUCUCACCAUUAUCAUAUUCGUCAAAUGAACACACUAAACAUUUUAGAACUAACGUUAUUUCAAACAUUCCAGCUACAACUAAUCCCUAGUUAGCAAAACAGUAUUCAGCAGUUAUUGUGAUCAAAUUGAAUAUAUAUGUAUAUAAAAUAGGACAAAAUAAUUUAUUAUUAUACAAUCAUAUUCGAGUAAUGCUUCAUAGAAAUGAACAUUCUUUUGAUUUUAAACAAAAAAGGCAGAAAAUACAAAUCCAUAUCAUGAGCAACAAACAAACGAAUCUUGAACAUUUUGAUUCAUAUUUCAUCUCACGCUUAGCAGAAGAAGGGAAGAAAUCUUUUUUUUGUUGUUUCUUAUCUUAUUUCAUUUAACUUACUCUCUGUUUUUAUCGUUCAUUGUUAAUCAUUUGUAAUGUUGAUUAAAGAUUGUCAAUGUAAAUGUAAUUGUUUUCUCCAUGUAAACAAGCAGUUGUUUAUGCUUUCAAUUAUGUUUGUUGUACGUAAUAAAAAAGAAUUCACUUCCAC